AUGCCGGCGGCUUUGUUUCUUCAAGAACAAGACUUGCAAACUCUCGAGGAUGUCGUAGGCGAAGAGAGGGGCCCCGGGGGCCUCCGGAACCUCGAAGAUCGCGGCCACUUCCCCGUGCCCCUCGACUUCCCGAAGGCCCCCGCGCCCCACAGGCAGCGCCGCCGCACAGGUUUGGGGCUCGGCAUUAUUUACCUGCUGGUGGUGGGCCUCGUGGUGGGCCGGCGCAUGCUGGCGCAGCCGCAGGGCGCCGCAGCAGCAGCAGAUCCGCUCGAAGCAGCAGACCCCGCUGCCCCCCUUCCGCGGCCUGCUGCUGCUGCCGCUCCAGCAGCAGCAGGCGCUCCCAGCGAGGACCGCCCUGAGCAGCAGCAGCAGCAGCAGCAGCAGCAGCUGCUCGAGGCGGAGGAACUCGGGCCAGCUGCGAGGCCCGGAGCGUCCAAAGGAAAGUCGCGCGCGCGAGCAGCAGCAGAGGCGGCGGCGGCCGCAGUGAGCGGCCGCGCGCAGCAGCCCGCAGCAGCAGCAGUAGCAGCAGCAGCAGCAGCAGCAAGGGGGGGCGCGGAAGUGGAGGCGAAGCUGAAGAACGUGAGGGAAAUGCUGGGGGCGGCGGGCGCGCUGGUGGAGGCGCUGGCGACGCCGGAGGCCUCGCGGCUGCUGCUUGGCGCCGAAGAGGAACUUCGAAAGGCCGAAAAACUCGAAAAAGAAUUCGAAGAAGCUGCUGCUGUGGAAGUUCACGUGGAGAACGCGCUGAAGGAGCUGCGGCGGCUGCACGCGGCGGCGCUGCGGGAGGGCCGCGCGCUGGAAGAGGAAAACGAACAAGCCAGCCACAUUCUGCCGCUCUGGGACCCCGAGUCCGAGACAGAUCCUCCUUUUUUGAUAAAUGGUCAGUACGACUUGAGCGAUUCGGUGCAGCGGAUGCUGCACACGUUCACGUCGGUGACGGACAUGUCGCAGGAGCUGUGCGAGGACUUCAACGAUGUCAGUCGCUCGCUGCUGAUCUGCGGGCAGUUCGACUGCGAAGGCGACUCCGAACUCUUGCGAGAUGCUGCAAAUUAUAUUCGCUACUUAAAACACAACCUCAGUGCGCAGCAGGGCAUCAAACACGUGGCGGAUCGGCUGCGCGAGACGAUCUUCGCGGGGGUGAAGUCGCGGGAGCUGCGCAAGCGCGAGGCUUCGCUGGUGCUGCUGCAGGACGACACAGUGCAGCUGCAGAUCUUCGUGCGGCUGGCGAAGGCCGACGAGAAGUCCCACUUGAAGAGCCCGGCGGGCAUGCACGAGGGGGUGGCGCCGCUGGAGGUGAUGCUGGGGGACGCGGAAACGCUGCUGGCCACCAUGCGCAUGCUGUUGAAGGAAAUAGAAAACUGCAACUCGAUGGAAACCAUGUUUGUUGCUGCGGGUCAGUUCGACGAGAUCGGCCUGACGGCCAUGGAACUCAUGCAGACUGUGCAGGAGCACGCGGCGACGCUGCCCAAGCACUUCGGAGGCAUCGAGAAGCACAUCCGCGUGUCAGUGGUCGCCGACUCGGGGCGCAUUCACGAAGCCUGCGUGUCGAAGAGCAAGGCCGUGCUGGAAGUUCUCGAAAACGCGAAGAAAAAGCUCGAAAAAGGCCUGCAAAGCGACCAGAGCCCCAAGAGAGCUGCAGCGAAGAAGCUCGACAGCGGCAUGUACGAGCAGCUGCUGGGGAGCGUGCAGGAAGCCACGGACCGCCUCAAACAAACUGUUCUGCAAACUGCAGAAACUCUGCAGACAAUGCAGCAGGUGGAAGACGUCGGCGCCGUUUUGAACGCCCUGGAGGCGCAGGAGAAGAACAUGCUGGAUCUGCUGAGGCAGGAGGAAGAGGCGCACCUGCUGGUGCUGGACACCGUGUUUUUGGACUUAGUUGCUGAGGAGAUUGGUAAGCUGGAGUUGUCUGCUGCCUUCUCCAAGUCGUGCGAACUGGCCGAGGCCUUUGGCCACAAGCAGUACUUAAAACUGCACCUGGAGCAGUUCGAAAAAGCCAGGCUGCACCUGCGCGACAGCCGAAGUGCUGUAGGGGUCGUGGGAUUCAUGGGGUUGAUGCGGUCAGCUGUGAGUUCAAUGCACAAGUCGAUAGCUUUCAGCAACAAGAGGCAAGCGCUCAGCCGGGCGACUUGA